UCUUCUUACGCUUCAGCUUCGUUCCUGUAAAAAAAUUAGUUUCGACAAGAAGAACUUCUUAUCAAGUUAAAGACGGUGAUUAAUCCAUAACUGGAAAGUAAUACUGACGUGCAAACCGUAGAGAUGGAGACGCAUUACGAAGAAACUCGCGAGAAUUCUCAGAAUCUCAGACCUUACAAGGCGGCUUUUUCGGAUCUUCCGCUCAUGGAUUUGAUGCCCAUAAUUGCGCAAUAUCUCCGGCCCAAGGAUUUGUUUGCACUUCGCUGCACCUCUCAUUACUGCAAACAGGCCGUGGAUGAUGUUGGAUUUUCACAUCUUGGAAUUGUUGAUGUAACGGAUUGUGGGUGUGGGUGGAAAGAAUCCAGGUAUUAUGAUAUCAAGACUGAGACGGUUAAUGCCAGAAUCGCGAUCAAGAAAGGCAUCAUGGAAAAAUGCCGCAAAGCCCGAAAGUUCAAGAUCGAUGAAAAAUGGUUGACCAAUGAUUUGAUACACGAAUUUCUAAAGAACAAUCCUUCCCUGGAAGAACUUGAGCUUAUUGAGUGUUCCCCGAUCGCAAAUCAAGCUCUCCAGCCGCUGCUGAAUUGCAAGAAUCUUGUUUCCCUGAAAAUGCGUGACACACAAUGUGGUACCGAUGAAUUCCUUCGAAAUCUAAGCCAGCACAACAAUCAUCUGCUGGAGAUUGAUUUGGAUGACAGAGAUCUUCAGACACCCUACACUCCUGAAGGUAUUAAGGAUUUCAUUUCAAAGCAACCGCAUUUGAAGUACAUCUGUUUGCCGUAUGUCGACGAUCAGGAGCUGAACAAUGAAAUCAUUACAACUAUUGUGGAUGUUUGCAAAGACUUGGAAUCCAUUAAGCUUGCUGGUUGGCGCAAAUGCGAUGAUCGCCCAUUGAUUUGGCUAGGUGAGGGUUGCAAUAAGCUAAAGCACAUCAGUUUGGGAGAUCUAAAUUGGAGAGAAGAUCGAGAAAUUAUUGUGUACAUGACGGCUAAGCGCAUCAACUUCAGCUGGGGAGGUGGCAGCAAUUGCCUCUUGGAUAUUGAAGGAUAUAUUUUUCACCUUUACAGUGAUUCUGAACCUGAUACCGAGGAUGAAUACUGAGCUGAUUUUGAUUACCUACAUUAGUAGUUUGUUCUUCAGUAAGUUCAGGUGAAAAUAUUUCUAUUAAGAUUUUUCUCUUGCUAAUUAAAAUCAUCCCUCCACAAAUCUUUUUUGAAGUUU